CUAUGAAUAUAAUCAGUUGAUCUUACAAAUAUAUCUUAUCUGUCUGUAUCUUCUAUAUCUGCUUGAUGUCGACGUUGAGUAGGUAAACACGACGCGCACGUGCUCACAACCCCACGUGAACUCAGCCUGAAUCGCAAUCCUCUCCACAACACCAUCAACAUCAAACAUGAAGAUGAAAAUACUCAACCUUCUGCGCAAACGCAAGCGCGCCCAGAAAUCAAAUCAGAAACAACAACAACAAACUACCGCAAUUAGCCAGAUCACCCUGCAACUUCUUCCUAAGCAGGAGACACCUCCUGCUGCUGCUACAGACAUUGCUAAUCCCUGUGCUUUUGCUUUUAAACGUGAUGUUGAGUUUGUUGAUUUAGCUGAGGAGGAGCAGUUGCUGGUUGAGGAAGUGGUGGAUGGGUGUACUGAAUCUGCAGAGAGUCUCUUAGUUCAGGAGGAGGAGGUGAAAGAGCAGGAAGAUCAAGCGCAGAUCUCUGAGUCUUCUACUUCAAACGAGUCAAAGGAUGUGGACGAGCCAAAAGGACUUGACGACAAAGAGCUGGAAGAAAAAGAACUGGACUCCACGCUCAACCAAAGCAUCCUAACCUGGAACUCGAGCUCCCUCACCAAAGACGACGACGACGACGACAGCAAACCACCCUCCGGCAUCUUUGUAUACCCCCUCUCCGUCGUCGGCCUGCUCACCUUCUUCGCCCUCUGUUCCUCCUCCGUCUAUACCUACCUCCUCCUCUCCGAGCGCAUCUACAACGCCUCCGACAUCCACAUCUACGACGACCACGGCAGCGGCGUUCCCAACUCGUCCGCCCACCUGCCCAACUCUGUCCCCGACCACUCGCACUACUACGGCCGCCAGUUCAUCCCGGGGCUGCUGUCGACCGGGUUUGCGCUCGGGCGCGGAUACUCUGUCUACGCUGUCUGCUGUCUGCUGUUUUAUGGGUCGCUGUUUGUCGUGGCUUAUGCUACGUUUAGGGAUACCGUCAGACGAGAGCGGCGGUUGUUGAGCACUGCUCAUGAGAUGUCUUUCUCUUAACUCAUCUUUCUUCCUCUUCUUCUUCUUCUCUUCCAUGUAUCUUUAUCCUCAUCUCCAUUCAUCAUUGCUAGUACUCAUGAUGAUAAUACAGUAAAUACACUGACGUCACCCAUAAACCCUAAAUCCACUCAGCCGAGCUCGAACACAGACCAGACCAGACCUCGACCUCAUCUUUGCCUCCGAGCUGUUUCUUCUUCCUCAACAACGAGAGAAGAGAAGAAGAAGAGAAGAAGAGAAGAGAAGAGCAGUUUGAGGAGGAAGAAUCAAG